UUGCUUCCGUCAACAAUGAAAUUACGCAGAGUUCGAAGACGAAAGAAAAUAUACGAACAAUCACUGUUUUGCUCCUUUAAAAACAAAACUAAAUGUCGUACGGAACAGUAAAUAUACGGAAUUUGUGUUUUCUUUGGAUUUUAUGGUAAUUUUACUUCAAAGAAGAAUGAUCUGGGCAAAAUAAUGAAUUUUAUAUCAGCAAAAGGAUCAGUGGACGAUGUGUCUUAUUUGCACGUGUUUAAUUUACUGGGAUACAUCAUUGUUUUAUUUCAUUUGAUCUUCACCGACCCGUCUACUUAUGAUUUCCCAGUCAUACUCUGGUGGUGGAAAAACGUAUGCCCACAUGAUGACACGCCCACUUUACAUUACAUUAAUUGCGGUGGAGGGAGCAUGUGCCUGGCAUCCUCUGAGAGAUAUCAUCUAGAUGAUCCAAGAACCAAAGCAAUCAUAUUUUAUGGAUCUAGUGUUUAUCCAGAUGAUCUUCCAUUGCCAAGGAAAGUGGAUCAUCUGUGGAAUUUGAUUCACGAAGAAUCACCUAUGAAUAACUACAUGUUGUCUCACGCUGCUUUUGUGGAGUUGUUUAAUUUCACUGCUACGUUCAGGAGGGAGUCAGACUAUCCCCUGACAAGUCAAAAUAUAUAUUCUCUAAAUUAUUUGACCGACAGAAAACCUGUGUCUACUGAAGACAAAAAUAGGAAAAUAAGAGAGCAAGGAUAUGCACCUGUCCUGUACAUACAAUCCCACUCCAAUGUAGCAUCUGACAGGGACACAUAUGUCCAACAGUUGAUGAAGUACGUCGCUGUUGAUUCUUAUGGAAAAUGUCUUCAUAACAAAGACCUCCCAGAGUCUAUGAGGACAGCGGAAGAUUCAUUUGAAGCCGAGGAAUUCCUAGAUUUCAUCGCUCAUUAUAAAUUUCACAUUGCCUUUGAAAAUGCAAUCUGCAGAGAUUACAUGACAGAAAAAUUGAUGCGAGCUCUGCAUGUGGGAUCCAUUCCGAUUUAUCUCGGCUCACCAGUUGUUCAGGACUGGAUGCCAAAUAAUAACAGUGUCAUUGUGGCUCAAGAUUUCGAGUCUCCAGAAGAUUUAGCAAACUACAUUCACUUCUUAAAUGAAAAUGAUAAGAAGUAUGAAGAGUUCUUGAAGCAUAAAUUAAAUGGAGGGAUAACAAACUCUUUCCUGGUAAACCAUUUACGUGAACGUAAAUGGCAAAGCCAUCCUUCAGGCUCGCCAGAGAGCGGUGAUGUCAACAUGUUUCUGGGUUUUGAGUGUUACGUUUGCAAACAGAUUCAUGUGAUCUCAAGAGACAGGUUGUUAAACAGUAGCUUUUCACGUACAGCAAACAUUUCACACACAGGGUGUCAGGAGCCGAAGAAAAGCAUUAAAUCCGCAUCAAAAACCAAAGGUGACUUCUAUUGGACAAAGGUGUACAGACAGCAGGAAGACAAAGCUUGGUCAGCGAGGCGCAUGGUAGAUUCAGGAGAAUCCAACUCCAGUCAGUUCUACAGAUAUCACCGGACACGGAGUAAAACGCAGCAGAACUGAAAUAAUUCUGUGAUUCUUUUUAUGAAUAAAAAUCUCUAUAAUC